UCGAGUAGCGACAGUCAUAUAUGGCUCUCUGCUGCAGCCGGUCCAGAAUCCGGAAGUAACCUGUACAUGCAGAAAUUUAGCACGUGUGUUUCAUCAUCCGAUCCUCCUUAUUGAAGAAGAACCCGUGCUUCUCACACAUCAUCCCAGAUACACCCAAAUCAAGCGUUUUUUAAAGCAUCAGAAUGUGUGGUAUAUGGGCUUUGUUUGGUAGUGAUGAGUGCCUCUCGGCUCAGUGCACCAAUGCCAUGAAGAUCGCCCAUCGUGGUCCAGAUGCUUUCCGCUUCGAGAAUGUCAACGGAUUCACCAACUGCUGCUUUGGGUUUCACCGCCUUGCGAUUGUGGACCAGCUGUAUGGCAUGCAGCCUUUGCGUGUCAAGAAGUUUCCCUACCUCUGGUUGUGUUACAACGGUGAAAUCUACAAUCAUAUCACGCUAAAGGAGCACUUUGAGUUUGAAUAUCAGACCAAAGUGGAUGGAGAGAUCCUUCUGCACCUGUACGAUCGCUUUGGAAUCGAGAAGAUGGCAGCUCUGCUAGAUGGCGUGUUUGCAUUCAUCCUGUUGGACACUGCUAACAGAAAGGUUUUCUUGGGGAGGGACACGUACGGUGUGAGACCAAUGUUCAAACUGCUCACCGACGAUGGCUUUCUAGCAGUCAGCUCUGAGGCCAAAGGUUUGACAGAGAUCAAGCACUCCAUGUCCACCCCUGCAGAGAUCACCCCCUUCCCCCCAGGACACUUUGAGAUGUUUGACUUGAAGCCCACUGGAAAAGUGAAGUCUGUUAGGAUGGAUCGCUUCCACUGCUGCACAGAAGAACCUAAACACGCCUCAUAUAAAGACCUUCAGGGUCUUGCCACAGGCUUUGAAUUGGAGACGGUCAAGAGCAACAUUAGGAUCCUGUUUGAAAAUGCUGUAAAGAAACGCUUGAUGGCUCACAGAAGAAUCGGCUGCCUCCUCUCAGGUGGUCUUGAUUCCAGUCUGGUUGCUGCGACACUCGUGAAACUGGCCAAAGAAGAAAAGCUGGAGUAUCCCAUUCAGACAUUUGCCAUCGGUGCAGACGACAGCCCAGAUCUUCUCGCUGCCCGCAAAGUGGCAGCCUACAUCGGCAGCGAACACCAUGAGGUGAACUUCACGCCUGAGGAGGGGAUCCGCGCGGUGGACGAAGUCAUCUUUCACUUGGAGAGUUUUGACAUCACCACUGUGCGUGCCUCUGUUGGAAUGUUCCUGAUAUCAAAGUACAUUCGUGAGAAGACAGACAGCGUUGUGAUUUUCUCCGGUGAAGGUUCGGAUGAGCUGACACAAGGAUACAUCUACUUUCAUAAGGCGCCGUCCCCUGAAGCGGGCGCUGAGGAAAGUGUUCGUCUGCUGAAAGAGCUUUAUCUGUUUGAUGUGCUGAGAGCGGACAGAACCACAGCUGCACACGGACUGGAGCUGAGAGUGCCUUUCCUGGACCACAGAUUCACCGCAUACUACCUCUCUCUGCCUGCAGAGAUGAGAGCCCCGAAGAAUGGUGUGGAGAAGCAUCUCCUGAGGGAAUCGUUUAAAGGGAUGAAUCUUAUCCCAGAUGAGAUUCUCUGGAGAAGGAAAGAGGCCUUUAGUGAUGGUAUGACAUCCUUGAAGAAAUCCUGGUAUGCAAGCCUGCAGGAGCACAUCGAGUCUGAGGUGAACGACUCUCAGUUGGAGAAGGCUGAGAAGCUGUUCCCUUUUAACCCCCCCAAAACCAAAGAAGGCUUCUACAUAAGGCAGGUCUUUGAGAAGAAGUACCCCGGCCGCAGCGACUGGACGCCACAUUACUGGAUGCCCCGCUGGAUCAAGGCCACCGACCCCUCAGCCAGAACCCUGUCCAUCUACAAGCCUGAUAAAGACGAGUAAUCGCAUCAUUAUUCAGACCUUGACCAAAGAUUACAUUCUUACAGCAUACACAUCUGCCUCAUGGAGCUGGUUAAAAGUUUAUGAUGCUGUUAAAUGAGCUAAAUUUAUGUUUUCUUUGGGUGUAUAGCUUGUUGGUUAAAGGACUGUAAAAUUGUAAAACUGGGGUGGAGAAGUUGUUCGUUGGAUUAGGGAUGUGCAGCGAUUAAUCACAUCGAAAAUAAAAAUCGUCUACAUAAUGUG